AUGGAACCGAUAAUACAAGUGAUAAAUAAGUUAAGAGAAGUAUUUUCUGCUGUAGGUGCUCGAGAUGCUGAAAUUCAGCUACCUCAAAUUGUUGUUGUUGGGGCGCAGAGUUCUGGUAAAAGUUCUGUUUUGGAAGGAAUCGUCGGCAGAGAUUUUCUACCGAGAGGCACCGGGAUCGUAACCAGGCGACCUUUAGUGCUGCAGCUAAUCAAUGUACCCUUAGAAGACAAAGAAGCACGGAUGGAUGAUAAUGGUGCGUUGGAGUUUGCAAGGUUUGACCAUAAAGCGAAUAAAGUCUAUACUGAUUUUGAAGCUGUCAAAAACGAAAUUGAAGCUGCUACCGAUGAACUAACAGGAUCGAAUAAGGGUAUUUCAGGGAUACCAAUUGGUUUGAGGAUCUAUUCUCCCAGUGUUGUGAACUUGACGUUGAUCGAUUUGCCUGGUAUUACAAAGGUUCCAGUUGGAGACCAGCCAUCCGAUAUUGAAAUCCAGAUUCGCGACAUCAUUUUCUCAUAUAUUUGCAAUCCGAAUUCUAUAAUUUUGGCUGUAACUCCAGCAAAUCAAGAUUUUGCCACAUCUGAACCACUAAAAAUGGCUCGAGAAGUUGAUCCUGAGGGGUGUCGUACUCUGGCCGUCCUGACCAAACUUGAUCUAAUGGAUCAAGGUACCGAUGCUGUGGACGUUUUACUUGGAAGACUUGUCCCUGUAAAACUAGGGAUUAUUGGAGUUGUGAAUCGCUCUCAAGCAGACAUUGUCAGUAAAAAGUCGAUCGCUGAAAGUCUUCGCUAUGAACAAUCAUUUUUGCAUAGGAAGUAUCCUACCUUAGUCAGCAGAAGCGGGACCCCUUACUUGGCCAAAACCCUCAACAGAUUGCUUAUGCAUCAUAUAAGAGAAUGCUUGCCACAACUCAAGAUGCGUGUAAAUAUGAUGGUCUCACAUUACCAAUCUGAACUUAGAACUUACGGAGAGCCAGUUCAAGAUUAUGGUCGGACUUUACUGCAGAUCAUCACUCGGUUUGCGACUGCGUACGCUGCUGCAAUUGAGGGCAUAUCAAAAAACAUUGAGACUUCUGAACUGUGUGGUGGGGCUCGCAUAGGAUACAUCUUCCAUGAGACAUUUGGCAAAGUUCUGGAAGCUAUUGAUCCAUUGGAUGGGCUAACGCAGCUUGACAUAUUAACUGCUAUGCGCAAUUCUACAGGUACACGUAUGGCCAUAUUUGUCCCUGAAAUGAGCUUUGAAUUGCUCGUGAAAAAACAGAUUAGCCGUCUGGAAGACCCUAGUUUACGUUGUGUUGAAUUAGUGCAUGAAGAGCUGCAGCGUAUUGUGCAACAUUGUGGCCAACAAACACAGGUUUUAAGACUUAUUUCGUUCGUUAGAGUGUACAUAAAUCGUUAUUUUUUUUGUGUUCAGCAAGAAAUGAUGCGGUUCCCACGAGUUAAUGAGGUUGUAAAUGCUUUAUUGAGAAAAUUAGCGUACAUUAAUGCUAAGCAUCCCGAAUUUGCGAAUAGUGCACUAAAAAAAAUCAUAAGGGUAAGUAGAUUUUUCAGUUUACUUAUCUCGCUUGAAAAUCCAAAGUUAAUCUUUAUUUCUUUUGAAGCUAAUUAUUUCGUUAAUCUUUUAGAAAAGUCUCGCUUUCUACCUGAGGUUCCGGAGAAAACUAUAACUCGAAAGUUAACAGCUCUAGAAAAGAGCGAGUGUAGAAUAAUAGAAAAACUUAUAAAGAAUUAUUUCACGAUAGUGAAGAAGAAUGUGCAGGAUGCAGUACCAAAGGCCAUAAUGCAUUUCUUGGUAAACUAUGUGCGGGAUAAUUUACAAAGUGAAUUAGUUAGGGAGUUGUACAAUCAAGAGGAGAAUGAGGAUUUGCUCUCCGAGAGUCCUCUAACAGCUCAGAAACGAAAAGAAUGCAUGGAUAUGUUAAAAGCCUUGGAGAAAGCGACCGGAAUUAUUAGCGAGAUUCGUGAGGUGCAUGUUUUUUGA